AUGCCUCGACUCCUGAGAAAUGUCCUCUGUGUAAUUGAGACAUUCCACAAAUAUGCCAGUGAGGAUGGUGACAAGGCAAGGCUGACCUGCAGAGAGUUGAAACGGCUCCUUCAGGGCGAGUUUGGGGACUUGCUUCAGCCCCAUGUUAUGCAUGCUGUGGAGAGAAACUUGAAUCUUCUGGAUAUUGAUAAAGACAGCACCAUCAGUUUUGAUGAAUUUGUUCUUGCGAUCUUCAGUUUAUUGAACUUCUGUUAUCUUGACAUACAAUCAUUACUGAAUUCAGAACCAAGACAGGUGUCUAAAUCAGAGAAUAAGCCAGAUGAAGAGCAUGCUGACCUGCCAGAACAAGCUGCUGCCAGGAACUUACCUGCAACACAGAAAUCAACUGAUCCUGAGGAUGACAGUGGAAUAUCUGAGAUCCAAGAACCAGAAAAGGAUGCUGAUGGAACACUACCUGAGACAAGUAAUUCAGAAGAACCCGAGGCCUAUGGUAGAACAUCUGAGACCCAAGAAUCAUCUGCACAAGGAAGAGAACAUGAAACAAAGGCCCUACCAGUCCAAGGUAGCAGCAAAAAUGUUUCAGAAAUACCCGAUGUUAGAGCUAAAAGAGAAGAAGGACACCGAACAGCAGGGCAGAAAGAUCGUGAGAGAAUAGCUGAGGCACCAGUCCUGGAAACCCAAACACAGGAUGGGAAGUAUCAGGAACUCCAAGAAUCAUCAAAAGAGAAAGAUGCUGAAAAAUGGUCUGAAACACAAUAUCUAAGAUCAGAAGAAAGGAAUCAGAAUCAUCCUGAAAUUGAAGAAGCAUCAAUCCCAGGAGAAGAGGCAAAAUAUGCUGAAGAAGGCACAGCAGAAGCAUUUGUGAACAGCAAAAACAGUCCUACAGCUAAAGGGACACCAGAAGCAAGAGAUAGAACACAAGAGUCAGCACCACUGGAGAAUCAGUCUGAAGGAGAAAAUGGCAGAACCACUGAGAUUUAUGACAAGCCAAUCAUGGAGGAAAGUUACCAGAAGGAGGAUCCCGAGUCACCAGUUACACAGAAUGAGUCUUGUGAAACUCCCAACAGCCUAACUCUAGAGGAAGGGAACCUCAGCUCAGAGACAAGAGAGCUGCAUGUGCGAAGGGAUUCCCAGGGUCACAGAGACCCACAUAGAGGGUCUAUGCAAGGAGGUCAGAAUAACAAUCCAGAUCCCCAGGAACAGGGACCAUCAGGUGAAAACAGAGUGCAGGAGGCAGUUGGGCUGUCAGUCAGAGGAACCGAUGUUCAGUUCCCAGAAGAACAGGAACAGCCUGCCAAAGGGGAACACAAGAGUCAAGUCUCAGGGAGAAAAGACCCAGGUGCAACUGUGGAACACAAUGGACAUGCAGAGGCACAGGAGACCACAGCAGGAGGUAAAGACAGAAAGUUCCUGGAAGCAGUGAUCCCAAGUGGCCUGGAUGCAGAUUUCACCGACCAUAUUUCUGUAAUGCAGCUCCCUAAAAAAGAAAACAGCAGAAAAGAGGUAAAGAUCCAGGGCCCAGAGACCAAAGAAGAGAAAGGUGAAGCACCAGAGACCCGGGAGACUCUAUUAAAAAGUCAGGAUGAGGACCAUUUGGCCUCCCCUGAAACACAUGCAACAUUGGAGGAAGAGCAUAGAAGUCCUCAAAAGCAAGCAGGAGUAGUAGAUGACCAACAAAACCCAGCCAAGACUGAAUACAGUUCUUCAGUCACCCGGUUAGGCUGUGAAGAAGGGAUGCAGAGAGACCAGGAUCCCAGUUCUGUGUAGAGAGGUGCCAUCCAAUCCAGUGCACUAUACCACACCUACCUGCAAGAGAAGAUAUGGAAGCAAACAAACACAAAUCAAGAGGAGAAUCAAAAUCAAAUCAAACUCAGGCAGGCAGAGCAUCAGGCCCAGAGCUUCUUAAUUUUCUACAAGAGCAAAUUACCAAGUAAAUAGCCAUGGGAAUCACCACCAAAGAAACACCUGACCAAACAAAUAAAAUCUGUAAAA